CGAAUGUUAGUUCGUGAACGCGGAGAACGUUUGUCUAAAUUGUCUUGAUGAGUAAAAUCGAAAAUUCAACCCCCCCCCGUACUCUACGAUUCCAGGAAAAAGGACACUUUUCCAGUUAAAACCGGAAGCGUGUAUUGCGUAUGUUGAAAUAGCCUAUUUAUACUCCGGAGUAACAUACAAAUAUCUCACGAGCGGGAAGAAUAUUUCGCUUUAUCGGCAGAUUAUACAAUUUAUGAUACGGCUAGGCUUCGCUUUUAUAGUAAUUUAUAAUUUGUUCUGAUAUAAGAUGAAAGUUGUCAAAUUAUUUCUCGAAGAAAUUACAAAAGAGUUGCUGUACAAUAUCGUACAUGCUAACGACAAAUUUAUCACAUUUUCUAAUUUAAACAAUGAAUUUAAGAGGAAAACUGGCUAUGAACCGGCGGCAUUCUUUGGAUAUAGCAUCGAGGAGGAUUCUUACUUGUUAGAUUUCAUUAAUGGCAUUCCGGGUUUGAGGUUAGUUCAGUCAAUGAUUAUGCCCGACGAUAGCGACGAAGAAGAUACUCGAUGUGUUUACAGGAUAUUCAAUAGCACACAUGUAGACGAAUCUGGAGUUAACAAAACGUCAGUGGCCGAAUAUCGAGAGAGGCUUUUACUGAAAUGUUGUGAAAUAAUGCAGGAGGAUUUCGCAGAUUUAGGCAACUGCAAAGAUACAAACGGCAACACGCCUCUUCAUCUACUUGCAGCCUUACCGGGCAUUUGCUACGGCGUUGAUACCUUAGCGAAAUACCUGUUAGAUGCUGGAGUCGAUCCACUGGUCGAAAAUAACAAUGGACAAACCUUCCUCCACAUCAUUUUUGGUAGCUUCAAAGCGAAGAUCGAUCAUUUUGGUGCUGUUUGCUUCACUAAUGAACGAUUGGCCGCCACGAAAUGGUAUAUUGAGGAUCGAAAAUCUUUCACAGAUUUGGUUUCGGAAGAAUUAUCACGGGCACAAGUUACUUCACUCGUGAAAGCACAGGAUAAGGGUGGAAAUACUCUAUUACACGAAUGGGCAAUCUCCUCGACAGUUCAACACGAAUAUAUUCAUGAACGCAGAAUUUGCACGAAGUUACUUGAGCUCGGUGCAAACCUGAGAGUUCAAAGUUGCACAGGUGAAGUUCCACUUCAUUACGCAUACAAUCCCUCAGUAUUUAAAAUUUUUGUUUUGAAAGGUGCUGUUUGCCGCGCCAGAAAUGAUCGCGAUGAGACUCCGAUUUUGUUUCUCUUGAAAAAAUCAGUCGAGCUUGCAUUUUCUGGAACACCUGUUUUCGCUGAGAUCAUGGAACAGGGUUUCAUCGAACUAACAUCCAAUAUUAGAUCCGUUGGGAAGGCCACCAAAUUACUGGAAAAUUUAAUCAGGAUCCUUGCAGAAAACACGGAAGCUAGAAAAGUAGUUUUUAUUCCCGAUGUAGAAGGAAACGUGGCUAUCGAUAUUGUAUUGACUGCUAUUCGAAUUGGGUCGUACGAUUUGAAGGAAAUCGGGCCGAACCUGGCCGAACUGCGAUCAUCAUUGUUGGAAUUACUAAGUGAAUUGCUUUGCGAUGCAGACACAAGCGACAUAACAAGACGAAACAUGAAAGGUCAAAGUUUUCUCCAUGUUCUACUCGACAUGGGCGACGAACAUGGACACGAGAUAAUCAGAGGAGCGUACAUACUUCGUAGCAUCGAUAUUCUUCUGGCGCACGGCGCAGAUGUUAACGCUGUUGACUCAGAGGGACGCACUCCACUUGAUGUCGCGAACGAACAUCUCGGAAGUGGACCAGUGUUCUAUCAGAAAUGUGCCCAGCUUCUUAUCGAUAACGGCGCAGUCGCCAAACAUGAUUUAGAAGGUGGCAACCACAGUCAAGAUCAAACGGUACAAAAAAUAUCUGCAGUCGGUAUUCAAAAUCUGGCGCGCAAGUUACGAUCGUGCCCAAAGCGUUACCGGAAGUAUGCAGAAAGUUUAGUCGACUCCAGUAGCGAUCUCACUGCCGUAGAGAAAUAUCGUUAUUUCAGUCAGGAUUCUAUUGGAUCCGGCGCAUUUAGCGCAAUUUUUGUCGCAAUCAAAGAUGAGAAUGUUGACAAUGUGUCUGGUACGAUUGACUGUCGUGCGUACGCGUUAAAGCGAAUCGACAAGGCGAAGGUAAAUGCUUUUGACAUAAAGCGCGAAAUCACUGCACUGCUCGCAAUAUCGGGCAAGUGCGAGAACAUCAUCAAGUAUUAUGAAUUUGUCGAGGACAAUUUCUUUCAAUACAUCUGUCUCGACCUGAUGGACGGCGACCUUCAUGAGUUUGUCGCGAAUGACGAAGUCAAUUCAAUUUUGGGAAAAGAUCCAGCGAUGCCCAUAAAUAUCACAAAAGAGAUAAUCAAUGGCUUAACCUACCUUCACGGGCAAAAGUUCAUUCAUCGCGAUUUAAAACCCGGGAAUAUCCUGUAUACAACAGAUCCAGCAUUGCAUUUCAAGAUCGCCGACUUUGGACUGAUGAAGAAUUUGUCCAGUUUAUCCACCAUGAUCACGCCAACAAGAGGCAGUGGUGUUGCUAUGGCACCCGGAACGCGAUGUUGGAUGGCACCAGAGCUGGUCAGCAUGAAAUCGAAAGAGCAUACGCAAAAUUCAGAUAUAUUUUCCUUGGGUUUGGUUCUCCAUUAUCUUCUCACUAUGGGAAAACAUGCAUUUACAACCGAGAUUGAAGAACCAGCCCAUGUCAUUGAGCGAAAGAUUGCAGAGAUGCAGAUCAAUCUCGAUAAAGCUCUUCACCCGGAAGCCGCCAGCUUUCUUCUUGUUCUUUUGACAAAAGAUCCCACCAAGCGGCCACCAGCAUCAUUCCUAGGCCAGCACCCCUUUCUUUGGAGUGCAAGCAAGAAAAUUGAAUUCUUAAAAGCUGUUGGUGAUCAACCAGAAGCUAUCAGUCCGUUUGACAGAAAACAUUUGAACUCGCCGUUGGAAAAAUAUCUUCAGAUGACUCACACCGGUCGGGAAAUCAGGAUCGUAUCUUGGGAUCAGUUCAUUGAGCGCAUGUUUAUAGAAAUGAUGAACGCUUGGAAAGCGAAAAAGUACCGUACUGACAAAGUGAUCGAUUUGAUAAGAUUCAUUCGUAAUUCAUACGCUCACAAGCAAGAGAGGUCGUUACGAUUCCAACAAGACCUGAAUAAGGAUAUCUUCCUCCGCCAGUUUCCAUUCCUGGUGCUGGAUGUAUUUGGCGUGGUACAGCAACUAGAAUUUGAUGCACGUCGAAGCAACAUUCUUUUAGCUUUGAGUCUAUAAACGUAAACACCCAAAACAAACAUUUAAACAUGUAAUAAAGUAAAUAAUAAUGUAAAUAUUAUGUAAAACUAAAUUAUGAUGUAAAUAUAAUGUAAAUAACUAAGUGAACAGGAAUACGCUCAUGAUACUUUCUCAUGGGAAUGAAACGUUUGUAAAAGUUCUUGUUAAUUUCAUUGAAGCAUUGGCAAUAUAUGUAAACCUUGUAAUACGCGUGCUAUAUGGCGAGGCAAAGAAGGAUUAUCGUACUUAAUACCUGUUUACAUAUGAUUCCGCUUGCCUGAAUAAAAU